UAAGUAGCCACCACAUUUGCACCUCUGCGUUUUGUUAACACUAUAAGAAUCGAGUUGGAAACCUCAACCUCAACCAACAGAACUCAAACACAAAUAAGAAUAGAAAUCUCCCUCAAUCUCAGACUUGUUCUCAGCGUUUCCUAGGGCUGAAGAUGGAAGCAGCCACCGUCACAGCCACUCCGGUUGGAUCUCCUAUGACUCUACGUCGACCUUCAAGCUCGGUUACCAUGUCGGCUGUUUUGACUGCCAACGGCCCCUAUUUUCUACGUUUCGCUGCCAAUGCUUUCUUCCCCUGCCCGAUUAAGCAUUAUUCUUCAGUUUCUUAUUCAAAAUCACGGAGGAGGAGAAUGGCUUUGGGGGCAUCAUCAUCUCAUGAUUCAACUGAACCCACUUCUCCAAUUGCACCACUUCAGAUGGAGUCUCCAAUUGGGCAGUUUUUGUCUCAAAUCUUGAUAACUCAUCCGCAUCUUGUGCCUGUGGCAGUUGAGCAGCAGCUUGAACAGCUUCAAACUGACCGUGAUGCUGAGCAAAAGAAGGAAGAGCCAUCUACUUCGGGCACGGAUUUAAUAUUGUAUAGGAGAAUUGCUGAGGUUAAGGCUAAUGAGCGAAAAAGGGCUUUAGAAGAGAUCCUUUACACAUUGGUCGUACAAAGGUUUAUGGAUGCCAAUGUUUCUUUGGUGCCUGCAAUAACUCCUUCCUUUACAGAUCCCUUGGGUUGAUUGGACAUGUGGCCAAGCGAAGAAGACAAGCUUGAGCAGCUUCACUCACCUGAGGCCUAUGAGAUGAUCCAAAACCACCUAGCUUUAAUUUUGGGAAAUCAAUUGGGUGAUUCAACAUCUGUAGCACAGAUAAGUAAACUUAGGGUUGGGCAGGUCUAUGCUGCAUCAGUGAUGUAUGGGUACUUCCUGAAGCGGGUUGACCAGCGAUUUCAACUUGAGAAGACCAUGAAAAUCCUUCCAAAUGCUUCAGAUGGUGAAGAAAGUAGUAUUAAGCAAGCUGUGGGGGAGGACAUGGGACCUUCUGGUCUAGGGAACUCCUAUCAAGCUGUUUCAUCACACCCUGAAGUCUCAUCUUGGUCUGGUGGCGGCAGUCCUGGAGAUUUUGGUCACAGGAUAAAGCCUUCUCGAUUGCGGACUUAUGUGAUGUCCUUUGAUGGGGAGACACUAUAGAGAUAUGCUACAAUCAGAUCAAAAGAAGCUGUUAGCAUUAUUGAGAAGCACACAGAGACCCUCUUUGGAAGACCUGAGAUUGUUAUAACUCCUCAGGGGACUGUUGGUUCUUCCAAGGAUGAGCUUAUUAAGAUAAGCUUUGGUGGUUUGAAGAGACUUGUUUUGGAGGCUGUCACUUUUGGUUCUUUUCUUUGGGAUGUUGAAAGCUACGUGGAUUCAAGGUACCAUUUUGUUGUGAAUUAGCUAUGUUGAAUUACAUCCCUGCCAAAGCUAACUUUGUAGUGGGAACUCAGCUGCCCAAACUAUGGUUUAAUUGAAUGUAAAUUUGGUGACUGUUACUUAGUAAUUUGCACUGAUGAUUCUGUAUAUAGUUAUGUUUUCCUGUUGGAACUUGCAUCUUAACACAAACAGCUGUUCUUCUGAAAUUUGUCUUUUUAUUCCUCUUUGAAUUUACAACUGGAAUGUAUAUAUGCAAUGGUAACGUCUGAACUGUGACAUUUGGAUGUUAUUUGGUUUGAAUUCAUCUGAUUUAUUUUCCAUAUCAUCCAAUUGCAUCGAGUCAACGUGAUGCAUUAGUUUACUUGGCAUGCUACCUGCUUGUUGGAUCCAUUAUUUCACUCAACCCUGAAUUCCAUAUAAAUUAUGUAAAUGAAUGUAGUGAAUUAGGUUUAAUUCUUGACUAUAAACUACAGGACACAGAAUUUAAAAAUCUAGAAUGGUAUUCCAAAUACCAUCCCCUCCUCCCUACCAAAAACCAAAUAGAAAAAUAAAAAAAGAAAUACAAGAGUCGAAGUGAAUGGAUUAAGCAUUUUUCCUUUUUCUGCUAUCAGGCACGUUGUACCCUACUGAUGACUACUGAUGAGAUUGAGCUUUAUUCAACAUAGAUUUUUGUGUCUUAACUUUGGAUGCCUGUGGCUAGUUUGGAUGUUUAAGUUUUUCAGGAUGGACAAUGAUUCAGUUUUUGUUGUUUAUUACAGUCGUGUGUUCCAAACCGAUAUCUCAUCACGUCCUUUUCAAAUUCUAUAUUAUGA